AAAAUGAAUGCUGCUAGCAAGUUUUUGUUGUGGAGCAUUUAUCGACACUUGGAAUGUCUCCGAAAGGUGUCUCAAGAAUCGAUGGGGUUUGCUUCGUUUGCAAGCGAUGUCGUUGUUCCUGUUGAUAACAGCGUCCAUCCUGAAGUUGAUGAACCUUGUGAAACGUGCGCUUCGGUCCAGCGAAAGGAAAUCGUGCACAAAAUCCUCGCCGUGAAAGCGUUGAUUUCUGUGUUGAAUCGCUCAAACAUGCACACGGUCUACGCCGAAAUAAUUUCGCUGGCGAAAGAACUUUCUUUCGAAGUACAAAUGAGUUCGCUGUCUGCGAAAACUUCCUCUAGUAAACUUUCGGAUUACCUGAACGAUUUAAUGAUGGAAUCAUUGGCGGCC